UCUCAUCAAGCUCUCUCGCUGUUCUUCUUAUGUAUAAUUACAUUCUCUUACUGUGUCCUUUCAUAUACUGCUAUCUAAUUUGAUUUGAUAUUUCGUUUAUUGUUCAUCAGCAUUCUUCUAUCAUGGGAGUCAUAUUAGACGUUGAAGGAGGAAAAGAGGCAAGUCUAAUUCUCCGCAACGUUUCAUCACGUCGAUCUGAUAAGCCGAUGUAGCAAGUUCAGGAAACAGACUAUGCCACAACAGAAGACAAUCUGGGAAAUACCGAAGCAUUGAUUUGGAAACAAGAUUUGAGGAUUGUGCCACUCUGUGCUGGUAUCUACUUGUUAUGUUACCUUGAUCGUUCGAAUAUUGGUUAGUACCACUAUGUAAAACUAUGUCGUGUGUGUGUAGCUAAUGAACAAUAGGCAAUGCCAAAACACUCAAUUCUUCUACUCACGAUGAUCUCCUCUCGGAUACAGACAUGACUGAUUUUCAAUAUGUGUAUGUCUGGGCUUCUUUCUCAUCAGUCGGUUUACUAACGGAUGGUAGCAUUGCAUUAAUGGUCUUUUUAAUCGCCUAUGCAAUUUUUGAAGUCCCAUCCAAUUACUUCCUCAAAAAGCUUAGUCCGAGUAAAUGGAUAUCCUUUCUGAUGUUUUCAUGGGGUAUCACGACUAUUGGACUUGGUUUCACCCAUAACUUUUCUAGUGUAACUGCUGUGAGAUUUCUUCUUGGGAUGUUCGAAGCUGGUAAACUGCAAAAUUUUUUCAACCAUUGGGCGGUCGUUAAUAUCAUAAUAGGAUUGUUCCCGGGUCUUGUAUACUACCUUACUUUCUGGUAUCGUACUUCAGAACGCUCGAUUCGCGUUGCAUUUAUUCUCGCUUCCGCAACACUUGCUGGAGCUUUUGGUGGUGUUAUUGCUUUUGGUGUUGGUCAUAUGAAUGGUACAGAUGGAAUGUCAGCUUGGAGAUGGUUAUUUGUAAUUGAGGGGAUCCCUUCUUGUUUAUCGUCCAUCUUGGUAUUUUUCUUCCUCCCAGAUUAUCCAGAGACUGUAAAAUGGCUAUCAAAGGAUGAGAAGGAUUUGGCUACAAGUAGACUUGCUACCGAAGGAUCUAAAGCGGGUGAUAAGGGAUUGACGUGGAAAGAGGCGAAGGAAACUCUUUGUACUUGGAGAUUAUAUGCUCAUUAUGCAGUGAGUAUCGUAUAUCACACGAUGGUUAAUGAUUUUCUAAUCUGAAGUUAGAUUUACUUUGGUAUCUCAACACCUUUCUCGAGUUUAUCUUUAUUCACUCCGAGUAUUACCGCUGGCCUUGGGUAUAAAAAUCUAGAGGCUCAACUUAUGACGGUUCCACCAUACGCUGUUGCUUGUACGUCUAUCAUUCUCUUUGUUUCUAAUAUAUUCUGACCUCUCUGCAGACGUCAUAACAAUUCUCGUCUCUUGGUCCGCUGAUCACUUCAACGCGUAAGUAAAUCCCUUCUCCUUUCCCUCCCGAUCUCUCUCCUUUACUUCCCUCCCCAUCUAACCCAUCUAACCUAUCUAGUCGCUCCCUCCACUCCUCAACCAUGGCCUUAAUCGGCGCCAUCGGUUUCACCGCUUCCGCCCUCCUCCCCCCAACAUCCUACACCUCCCGCUACGGCUGUCUCAUCAUUGCCGCCUCAGGAGCAUUCUCCUGCAUCCCACCUCUCCUGGGUUUCCUCACUUCAAAUACCUUCUCAACAGCUGGUAUUGGACUUGCUAUCGCGCUUAACAUCUCAGUAGGAGCAACAGGACAGAUCGCAGGUGUCUGGAUUUAUAAGACAGAUCAGGCAAAAGAGGGUUUUCCCUUAGGUCAUUGGGUUAAUGCCGGUCUAUUGUAUUUUGUUUGUGUAGGUUGUGUGGGAUUAAGGGUUUAUUAUGCGUGGAUGAAUAGGAGAAUUAUGGAGGGGCAGAGAAGAUUUGCUUAUUGAGAAGGAUGAUUGAUAGGUUUGAUUUGGGAGAAUGGGAGUGUGCUGAGGAGGGAAGUUUAGAUGUGUUUUUUGGGAUUGUGAUGAGAGAAUUGUUAUUUUUGAGAUGAGCUAGAACUAGGACUAGAACUAGCUAUGGUUAUUUUUUGUGUAGAAAUAAUUACUAGAUAAUAACCUUAAAAGAAUCAAAAUAUCUUAGCAUAAGAUUACA